AUGGUUGGCAAUUUACAAGUUCCUCACGAGCGCCUACGGCAUAGACCAAAUGCAGAGUGGCGGGGAAUAUCCAUGGCAGGACGUUCAAACGAAAGAAUCCUUCCUCUACCGUUUCCUUGCAUAAUCUACAAGCCCCAAGAAGGUGACCCCAUCAGUAUAGUACGACAGUAUGCUGUUGAACGCGCAAACCUUAACAUAACCUUCUCGGAAAGGCGAGGUAUGAAAGAGGUACGAGGUCGUCUAAACGUAAGCGACAAGGAAGGAGAGUUCGUAGUCCUAAAGCAAGGGCUUGAUAGAGCAAUCACUAAUCUGCAUCUAGACAACACACUACAUAAUAUUGCAUCAACAGAAAAACAACCCUAUAAACAAUGUCGAAGACUCAAAAAAAUAUGGACUGAUGUGGCGAGAAUUGCAGGGCUGCCCAGAACUACAAACAAUAGCAUCAGGUGUGAUCGGCCAGUUUGUCCUGUAUUCUGUGUUCCGAUCAAGACACAUAAGCUCACCCAGUCGGAAUUGAGCUCUGAGCACCUGGCGGUUUCACGGUUAGACCUAUAA